GAUGACGUACAGUGCCGUGGGCGUGGUUGGCUUGUGAAAUGUCAGGGAGGAAUGGCGCUCGGCGCGGUAUUUUGAACAAUUGCUUUUCCUUUUCUCAUUUUAUCUGCAAUCGUUGCUAAUCGUCAAAAACACGGUUAGGACCCCAUAUAGAGGCAGUCAUGGAUGUGGUGUCUCCAGAGCUCAACAGCCUCCUCCCAGACGAGAUAAUGGAUACUGAGGCAAUGGAAGACAUGCCUCAUUCCCAAGCUCAUGGUACCCCUGCCCAGCCAAAGGGCAUUGACGAGACAUUGGUUCCAAUGGAAACGGACAAACCUGUGGCUUCACAAGAUAUAGCACUCUCCUCGGGAGUCACGUUGGCAGAGGAAACAUUGAUUACGUCCACUCCAAAAGAACCUGCACUAUGCAGCAGUGCAGAAAAUCAAGUACCACUGUCUAUUUCAAAUAAAUCAACACCUUUACCCACUCUCAAACGAUCUCUUGCCACCUCCACUGCCACCACCAAAACAACAGACAGUGUUACUGGAACUACUGUCUCAACAGGUGGAAUGCAAAAGCUCUCUUCCCCUUUCACAAUUUCUGCUGCAAACCAUCAAAUUAUUCUCAACAAGGUGGCCUCAGCACAGGCUGGUGAAGCAGCAAAAUCUGCUGCUACUUCUCAUCAGGUUAUUAAGCAAGAAGGCCAGAAACUAUUGGUCAGAACCAUCGGGAAGUCAGGUCAGCCUAUAGUUCUGCAGUUGCCACCCACUGGCAGCAAGGCAGCUGUCGGUCAAACAUCUGGAGACCUUAAAACCCAAACUCCACAAUUUAAAGUUGUGACUAUUGGUGGGAGAACUGAACUGAAGCCACUUGUUGGAGGUACAACCAAUCAGAUGACCACAUUACAGGCCCAGCAGCUAAAGACUGUACAGAUUGCCAAGAAGGCACCUGCAUCAUCAUCUGCACCAAUUAAGUUUAUCAUCACAAAAACCGUAAACAGUAAAGGGGCCAGUCCACAGUCUCCAGUUAUUGCAGGACGUGUCCUAACACAAACUUCGCCUGUUUUGCCUGCCAGAAGCAUUACUUUGACUGAGCCUCUUAACACUAGUUUACAGAGUCUCCCUGGAAAGAAGAUUGCCAUUUCUCCCUUGAAGACACCCAGUAAGGUAACUGUAGUAUCUGUGGCAUCUCCAACUCAGAGUGCCCCUCAGAAGACAGUCACUUUGCCUGUGAAUGUAGCACUUGGCCAGCAGAUACUUGCAGUUCAGUCUACAUCAGCUUCACCAGUCAAAGUGGUCACAAGCCAAGCAACUACACAGAAUAUCAAACCUGUCCAGUCUGUGGCAGUGGGUGGUGUUGGUGGUUCUCAGUUCAAAACCAUAAUUCCAUUGGCCACACAACCAAAUGUGCAGCAGAUUCAAGUGCCAGGAAGCAGGUUCCAUUACGUCCGCCUUGUCACAGCAACAACGGCCAGCAGCACAGUCCAACCUAGUGGUCCCAGUACAAAUUCUGUACAGACAGCUAAACCGAUGAUUGUAAGUGCAGGAGCAGUUAGGAUGUCCGUCCCAAUUGUCCCUGCGCAGUCUGUGAAACAAGUGGCACCAAAGCCUUUGACAACAACUGCUCAAGUAGUGUCCACUCCUCAAACCCAGCAGCGCCUGAUCAUGCCAGCCACCCCCUUACCACAAAUUCAGCCCAACUUUACCAAUCUACCCCCAGGAACUGUACUGGCUCCGGCUCCCGGAGCUGGCAAUGUGGGAUAUGCAGUUGUGCCCGCACAGUAUGUCACUCAGCUCCAACAGACUCCCUUUGUGACGCUUGCCAGCAGCUCUGGUUUUCAGGCAUCAAGUAGCAUCCAGACACAGGCCAGACUACCACUUAAUGGCGUCUCAACAACGGAAUCUACAUCCAGACCAAGAAAACCCUGCAACUGCACCAAGUCACAAUGUCUUAAGUUAUAUUGUGACUGUUUUGCAAAUGGGGAGUUCUGCAAUAACUGUAACUGUAAUAACUGCUUCAAUAACCUGGAACAUGAAACUGAGCGCCUCAAGGCAAUAAAGACAUGUUUGGACCGGAAUCCCGAGGCCUUUAAGCCGAAGAUUGGUAAAGGCAAAGAAGGAGAGUCUGACCGUCGACACAGUAAAGGCUGUAACUGCAAACGAUCAGGCUGUCUCAAAAAUUACUGCGAGUGUUAUGAGGCAAAAAUUAUGUGCUCAUCCAUUUGUAAGUGUAUUGGAUGUAAGAACUUUGAGGAAAGUCCAGAGAGGAAGACGUUGAUGCAUUUAGCAGACGCAGCAGAAGUCCGAGUACAGCAGCAAACUGCCGCCAAGACUAAACUUUCGUCUCAGAUCUCUGACCUGCUCAUGAGGACAACCCCAGUUAUUCCUACGGGAGGCGGAAGGUUACCGUACACAUUUGUAACAAAAGAAGUCCUUGAAGCAACGUGCGAGUGCCUGCUAGAGCGUGCCAAACGCUCCGAACAGACUCACCAGCCUCAGGCUGAAGCUGAGAGGAUGAUCCUAGAAGAGUUUGGACAUUGCCUCAUGAGGAUCAUAAGUUCAGCGGGGAAAGCUAAAGUUGACUGUGCCUCCAUAAACUGUUAAGUCUGGGUGUGAACUGUGUUGGGGUGAAGAAGAAUGGAGUUGUCUGCUUGGUCGUGGACUCCUGUGGCGUUACGGUGACAACAAUCACGGCAUUCAUCUGCAUGAAAAGGAAUAACAGUUCAUUUGUUAAGUCAGGUGGAAAAACAGCCUCCUGUUAAAGGGCAUCUAAAUGGGGAGAUUUUAAAAUUUCACUUCAUGUGAUAUCUACUUCAUAUAGUUUUCCCCAAGCAUUUGUUCUAACAUUUUAUCCUUUUGACGUUUUCUGGCUUUUAAAAAGAUGCAUUGUAAUUUUUAUGUCAUCACAAUAUAUCUACUUAUAGUGGAUAAAAUGAACAUUUAUCUUUGAUAUUUAUUUUUGAAGUGUUUGUAAUCAUUGUUAAGCACCAUUAUCAAAUAGCUUGUUUUGCUAUCUGAAUGAUUAACCCAAGUCUACACUAACCAAAAGUAACUGAAUAUAAUAAUUGAUUUUAUCUGAAUAUAGUUACACAAGUAAAUAUGCAUAUGCACACACUCACAAGUGUAACGAAUGUCAUUUGGCAUUUUAUAAGAGCUGUUGCUAUUUUUGUAAUCAUGAAAAAUUGUAUGUAGUAA